AUGAAUAAAACAUUUAAGAUAUCUUCAUGUCGUGACUCGCAAAGAAUUUCGAAUAUCCUCAUGAUUGCUGUGGUCCUGAUCGGAUCUAUAGUUGGAAAUGGUAUAAUUUGCCUAUUACUCAUCAGAUUUAAAACUUUGAGAAGUGUGCCCAACUUGCUUAUUGCUAACUUAGCUGUAGUUAACAUUCUUGAUGCACUGACCAACAUGCCACUGUUUAUUCUGUGGUACAUUUGUAAAGUGCCUCCCCUUAAGGGUCGUUCUAUCUCUUGGACGGUGAUCUCUUGGUAUGUAUUGUUUUUAUACCUUAUGGUGUUUAACCUUACGUUGCUGGCGAUGGACCGAUAUGGGGCCAUUGUGCACGGCUUCCGUUACCAUGUGUGGAAAACAAAGAACAAAGCCAAGGUAGCGGUACUGGUGGUAUGGGUCCUUGCAGCAUUAUACACAUAUGGUUUGUUUACACUUGGAUUGGAUAUUGAUUUAGGCGACGCUCCAGUGCUGCUAUACAGGAUGACCUACUUGAAAACGUUCGGGAGACACUUUAUCAUCCCUGGAAUUUUGAUUCCAUUUAUGAUAAUGCUCAUUUUGGGAUUGGCCGUUUGUGUUACGGUGCGUAAUCAUAGAAAGCGUUUCUCGACUUUCUUCGCCGUAAAGAUUCGAAUCGAAAACGACGUUAAGACUGCGAAAACAAUUGGCUUGACUGUAUUGGCAUAUUUCUGUAUGAAUGUGAUACCAAUGUUAUUACACAACAUAUUGAGACGCCACGGUAGCUGGCCUCACUUUCUUGCGUUCUUUCUCAUGAAACUGAACAGCAUGGUGAAUCCUAUCAUUUACGCUUUGAAGGCUCCAAGGUUACGCAGAGCUCUGGCCCUCUUAUUAAAGGAACCACGGGGCAAGUCAGAACCCAAUAUGAACUCGAAGAUACUCAACAACCUCAGCUCAACAGUUAGUAAUUUGACCUUGAAGACGGAAGAAAUUUACAUCGAGGACACGAAACUUUAAUUUCCAAUGUUUUUUUCAGGCAAUCCAAUCUUACUAUCACCAAUCUUGACCAGGGGGAGAAAAGGAAAGUGCUUCCACAAUUGUGAUGAGAUUUUUAGCGCUUCUUCUUUUUUGCGAAGAAGGAAUUGGCUUCACAGUUGCAUUAAAAGGAAGAGAGACAAAAAUGUUAAUUAAAUUGAUAUUAAUUGAAAGUAUUAACAAUAAUGGCACAAAGCAGCGAACUGAAAAUGUUUUAAAUAAAAUGCACUAAAGAUUAAGGGGUGAGCAGGUACCAGUAUAAGAGAAAUUGAUUGCAACCUAACCUAGAUAAAGAAAACUUUGCAUAAAACUAGCUACAGGAGUAGAAUUUUACGAAUACAUGUAAGUUAGCUGCGGGUGGGUUAACUAUGCUUUAGUAUUGAGGGAAUAUCCAGUGGGAUACAAUUCUAGAUAUGAGCAAUUUGAUGAAAGCUAAAAUCAAAAACAUUUUUGAGGUAAGUCCCUCUUUAGAAAUCUCAUAAAGAUGCCGCAGAGAGUAAGGUUCCCUGUCUAAAUAAAAAAUUCAUGUGGGCGUAGACAGAUCAUUUCAGAGAGGAAACACUGUUUUUCUAGGUGGUUUACGCAACAGCCAUCUGAUUUAAAAAUGAAACUGAAGGCUUUUGCUAGCCCUAAAGAGUGACCAGACUAUAGGUUUGUAUUCUUACUCCAUUCGGACCAGGAUGCAAAAUAAGCUUUUCGAGGCUGUUUUACCUGACAGGCUUCUGAGAGUUCGUUUGGUCAGGCCUGGCAUUUUAUUUCGUUUCAACCGGCGACGCACUCAGCGAUUUUACUCGCCGUUCGCCGCGAUCGACUACAAUCAUCUAGCGAGCCCGAUGUAGCGAUUGCAAUUUUCACCGAUUGCCGACUAAAUUGCAGAUAUCGGCGAUUUUUCACCGUCUAUCAAGUCACUGAUCUCAGUCACCUCCUCAAGUGGACUCCACAAAAGUUAAUAAGUUAUCCCUUUCCUUUUUUUCGCAUCAGUUUAUAUUUUCGUCAGUUGAAACUCAUGCACCUCGGCUGACUCAAGUGGUACAAGUUGUUUUGGUCGCUUUGAAAUUCUUCGUUAUAGUUUUAUACUGGAUAUUUCAGGAAGUCUGGCAGUUAUUCAAUAUAGAAUGAGAUAGGAUUCCUACUUGAAAUUGCCUCUGCCAAGUCACUUAUUAUAUAACAAAAUCUAAUGGGCCCAAAUUGGAUUCUUGCAGAGUGCCAGAUGAUAAAGCCUUUAUCAUCAACUAGGACCAUUUUUGUUUGUUUUCGCGACAACACACAAGAAGAGAACGAAAGUUAAGAUUAUGUUGCAAAGCGUAUGAAGCAACUAAAAAAAAUUUCGAAAAAAGCCUUAAUUAAGACUUUUGUUCUGCCCUACA